AUGCCGCAUACAAACGGUAAAAAUGGUGGACAACACAGCUGGAAAGGCGGAAAACGGAAGCGGAAAUUCGACGGAGAGCAUGACGCUGGAAUUCAGAAGAUUCUGAAGGAGAAGAGACUUCAGAAGAAGAGAAAACAGGAUUUGAAGGAGCAAGAGGAAACGAUGUUGCUGGAAUUACAGACAAAGUAUAAGGAGAUGGAAAAGAAAAGCUCUCGAACCUUCCUUCGCUUCACCGACUUUCCACUCUCAUGGCGUACCCAAGAAGGUCUAAAAGAGAACGAAUACACCAAACCAACAGAAAUCCAACGUGACACUAUCGCUCACUCACUCUCCGGUGCCGACGUCGUGGGAGCCGCGAAAACAGGCUCCGGAAAGACAUUGGCUCUCGUUAUCCCGAUUCUGGAGGCUCUAUGGCGUGCCAGAUGGUCUCCAGAAUACGGUUUAGGUGCCCUCGUGAUCUCACCGACACGAGAAUUGGCACUUCAGACGUUUUCGACGAUCAACGCCGUCGGAAAGCAUCACGGAUUCUCGUGUGGUCUUGUUAUCGGUGGAAGUGAAGUGUCUUACGAAAAGAAUCGAAUUUCUGGAAUCAAUAUUAUCGUCUGUACACCAGGACGUCUUCUACAACAUAUGGAUGAGAAUGAACAAAUGAAUUGUGAUUCUUUGCAAAUUCUUGUGUUGGAUGAGGCCGAUCGAAUGCUUGAUAUGGGAUUUGCCAAGCAGUUGAACUCGAUUGUUAACAAUUUGCCGAGUGAACGACAGACUCUGUUGUUCUCGGCCACACAGACACGCAAUGUUAAGGAUUUGUGUAGAGUUUGUACUAAUGACCCCGUAUUCGUGUCAGUCCAUGAGAACGCCUCCGCAGCGACUCCAGACAAUCUGAAACAGUCGUACGUGAUUGUGGAAGAAGAGUCGAAAAUCAAUACUCUCUGGUCGUUUAUCGAGGCUCACAAAAAGAAGAAAUCGUUGGUUUUCGUGUCGAGUUGUAAGCAAGCGAGAUUUCUGACGGAAGUGUUCUCCCAAUUGAGACCCGGACUACCUGUGAUGGGAUUGUGGGGAACGAUGAAUCAGAAGAAGAGAAUUGAGACAUUCACUAAGUUCGAUGAGGCGAAAGCCGCCGUUUUGAUUGCUACGGACGUCGCGUCGAGAGGGCUCGAUUUUGAGCAUAUCGAUUGGGUUAUUCAGAUGGACUGUCCUGCCCAAAUCGAUGACUACAUCCAUCGAGUUGGUCGAAGUGCUCGAAUGGAUGAUUCUGGAAAUUCUCUGCUGAUGGUCACGUCGUCUCAAGAAUCCCCAAUGAUUGCGAAACUCGAAAAGCACAAUAUUCCAAUCGAAGAGCUGAAAAUCCAUCCGGACGCCGUGACAGACGUGAGACAGAAACUGAGAGCAAUGCUCGCCGAGUCGCCAGAGCUCAAAGAAUGGGCUCAGAAGUCGAUUGUCGCGUAUCUACGGGCGGUUCACACGAUGAGAGAUAAACGGGUUUUCGACGUGAAUUCGAUCAACGUCGCCGCGUUUUCCGACUCGUUUGGAUUGGUUUCAGUGCCAAGAUUAAGGUUUUUGAAAGCUCAGAAGACGAAGGAGGCUCCAGAAGUCGUCGAGGAUUCAGAAGACCCGAAAACCACCGAAUCCCUCAUCGGACAAUUCGCUAUCGAUGAGGAUGACGAUGAGAUUUUCACGAUGAAAGAGAAGAAAACAGGCGAAAAUCCAGAAAUUCCCGAAGAAAAGGCUGAAAUUCCAGCUGAAAAUGCUGAAAAAAUCACUCUGAAAAAGGGAAAACCACUGAAAAAGGCGUUGACGAAAGUGGGCGCGGCGAAGAAGAUUCUGAAUAAGAAAUUGAGAGUUAACACGAAAAAAACGUUCGAUGAGGAGGAAGAGGGUACUGUAGAGGGACCGUCGACGAUCACUUCGUAUGGAUUGGAUAUUGAAAAAGCGCGGCAAGAGUUGAAGAGUGGCGAUAAGGCCGAUAGAAAGAGGUUUAAGGAGCUCCGCGAGCAACGUCGACAAGAGAAAUUGGCGAAGAAGAAUAAGAAGAAGGAGGAAGAAGAAGAGGAAUACGAUAUGGAGAGUGACGACGAUGAGCCUGAUAUCUCGUGGUUGCCGGAUCCAGAUGCCGUCCGACGGAAAUAUGGACAGACGGAGGAAGAGAGUGAUGAUGGAGACGAGUGGGCGGAGCCUAUGGAUACAGAAGAUUUGGAGAAACAGGCGUUGGCCAUGUUGGGGAAGAGAAGAAAAUAG